UCGCCCCGCCCCGCCCCGCGCCCAGGGGUCCCGGGGCUGGCUCCCGGCUUCGGGCGGACGAUGCGGCGGCGCGGCCGGAGCGGCGGCGGGAAGCGGAGGCGGAGGUGACGCGCUAGGGCCGGCGGGCCGGGCCAUGCAGCGCUCCCGGGCGGCCGCGGACGAGGCGGCCCUGCUCCUGGCUGGGCUGGCCCUGCGGGAGCUGGAGCCGGCCGGCGAGUCCCCGGGCCGGGGUCGACAGGGGCCGCGGCCCGGGCCGGGAGACGAGGCGGCGCAGGCGCUGGGCCGCAGAGGGAAGGGCGGCGGCGGCGGCCCCGAGGCUGGGGCGGACGGACUGAGCCGCGGGGAGAGAGGCCCGCGGCGCGCGGCACCCCCCGAGCUCAGCGCGCAGCCUGCGGGCAGCCCGCGGGCCAGCCUGGCGGGCUCCGACGGCGGCGGCGGCAGCACCCGCUCCAGCGGCAUCAGCUUGGGCUACGACCAACGCCACGGGAGCCCGCGCUCUGGCCGCUCGGACCCGCGCCCCGGCCUCGGGCCGUCGUCGGUGGGCAGCGCCCGCUCCAGCGUGUCCAGUCUCGGCUCCCGCGGCUCGGCCGGCGCCUACGCCGACCUUCUGCUCCCUGGAGCCUGCCUGGCGCCAGCUCGCUCCCCGGAGCCUGCGGGACAGGCCCCCUUCCCUCUGCCUGCGCUCCAGCUGUCCCCGGGCCGGGAGGGCGGCCCGAGCGCGGCGGAGCGGCGGCUGGAGGUGCUUACGCGGGAGCUGGAGCGGGCGCUGGAGGCGCGCACGGCGCGGGACUACUUCGGCAUUUGCAUUAAGUGUGGGCUUGGUAUCUACGGAGCAAGGCAGGCGUGCCAGGCGAUGGGGAGCCUGUAUCACACGGACUGCUUCAUCUGCGACUCUUGUGGGAGACGACUUCGAGGGAAGGCAUUCUACAACGUGGGUGAGAAAGUAUACUGCCAGGAGGACUUUCUGUACUCCGGGUUCCAGCAAACGGCUGACAAAUGUAGUGUGUGCGGACACCUCAUCAUGGAGAUGAUCCUCCAGGCCCUUGGGAAGUCCUACCACCCAGGCUGCUUCCGGUGCUCUGUGUGUAACGAGUGCCUGGACGGGGUGCCCUUCACCGUGGAUGUGGAGAACAACAUCUACUGUGUCAGAGACUAUCACACGGUUUUUGCACCAAAAUGUGCUUCCUGUGCCCGUCCUAUCCUCCCUGCACAGGGCUGCGAGACAACCAUCCGGGUGGUGUCUAUGGACAGAGACUACCACGUGGAAUGUUAUCACUGUGAGGACUGUGGGCUGCAGCUGAGUGGCGAGGAUGGACACCGCUGCUAUCCGCUCGAGGGCCACCUGCUGUGUCGCCGCUGCCACCUGCGGCGCCUCCAGCCUGGCCCACUUCCAUCGCCUGCUGUGCAUGUCACGGAGCUCUGAGCAGGGGCCUGGAGCCCCACCUGGGCUGUGUCUGGGAGUGGGGUGCAGUGGUGUCACUGGGGGGCCACAAGGAGGGGGUACAGACCACACCAGGUGACGCUGUCAGAGGUGGUGACACUGCAUGGUCCAGAGAUACAUCCAAGACCAAACUAUGCGGGAUAUGAGCUGCUCCAGAAAGCCCAUGCUGCUUCAGUCGUGUUUUGGCACUACUCUGCUGGGACGAUUCACUGGCCGGAAGCAUCACUCCUGCUGCUGGGCAGGGUGCCCGGAGCCCACCAGUCAGCCCACCUGCCACCUAGGAUGCUAACGCAGCAGGAGAUUGUGCAUGGGUGGGCCACGGGUACACCUGGCUUCUUUUCCAGCCAUAUGGCUAACUCCCUUGACACCCCUACAAGUGGCUUUCCUGCAGGGAUUAUGUGGCCCCUGCCCCUUCUCCAUGGUCUGCAACGGGAGGUGGUCCAUGGGGGUGUGUGACACCAUGAGUUACUGCACUGGGUGACACCAACCUUAGUGAUGCCACUGGGGGUAGGGGGCAGGUUGGGUGGCUGCAGGCUAGCCUUGGAGUGUUGUCAGGGUGGGCUGGGCUGCCAUGCGUGGUUCCAUCCCACCACAUCCCCUAGUCCCCACCGAGCUCCCAUCCGUAGGGGCCGGCCCCCCGCAGCAUCUGCUACUUGUAUUUAUUCACCGUCUGUGCCUCCUCAGGCUGCUGCCUUCCACUCCACCCCAUCACUGGCUUUCCCUUCUGGGACCCCCUGUGCCCCAAGGCCUCGGGUACAGGUGCCUGGACUGGCCUCUCAGAGGCGCUGGGGUACAGCAGGCUGCCUUGGGCCUGGAACCAAUGUCCCUGGUUCAGAAGAGGCCGAGACCCCUCCAAGAAGGCUCCGCAGGGCAGGGUGUGGCCUGGAAGGCGGAAGUUGGCAGAGGGCACGUGUGUUUGUGUGUCUUCUAAAUGCCUUGCCUGCUGGUGGGUGGGAAGGGUGCUUUUUUUGGGGGUGGAGCCACAGGAGAGGGUGGGAAGUGGGGUCUGCAAAGGCUGUGCCCUGCCUGUGGCCAUUGUGGUCACUGUGAGGUUUGGCCCGGGGACUCUUAAUGGUUAUUUUCAGCCACACAUCCUGCUCUAUUUUCCCCAUCCCUGGCUCCUGGCUUGAAAAAUGCUUCCCUCCUCCUCCCUCCAUCCUUCACCAGAAAAGAACCUCCUGGUUCAGGAUUCCAGCCACAGGUCUCGGUGAAGAGCGGUCAUGAGGGGGGCGCCCUGCCCAGGUUUCAGGGAAAACACCUGUUUGUGCACACUGUAUCUGACUCCAUAACAAAAGGAUAUGAUUUGACUUAAAUUAAGUUUUGCCUUUGAGAAUAUUUUCAUUUUCUUUAAAAGAAUAUAGUUUUCUUCUAAGAGCCUAGGCCAAGGUUGUUAUUUCUUUAAAAAAAAAAAAAAUUACAGGAAACUCACCAGUGUCCGAUGUGUAUAUCACGUGGCUAGUUUUCAGGUGGUGAAAACAUUUGUCGUUGAAGUAUUUUUGUAUAAAUUCCUCUAAAAUCUCAAAA